GGGGAGGUUGGCGCGCGCGGGGCGCGGAGCGAUCUGGCCGCUGAAAAAUGGAUGAUGAUGAUGAUGAUGUUCCCCAGCUUUCAUCCCAUGCAUUGGCUGCCCUCCAGGAGUUCUAUUUGGAGCAACAGCAGAGAGAGGGCAUGAAGACCUCCCAGGGAUUUAAUCAAUAUUCUGUUGGCUCAAUAGAAGAAGACUGGCAACUGAGCCAGUUUUGGUACAGUGAUGAAACUGCAUCAUGCCUGGCUAAUGAAGCUGUUACCGCAGCUGGAAAAGAUGGCAAGAUAGCAUGUAUUAGUGCACCAAGUGUGUACCAGAAACUGAAAGAACGGGAUAGCAAAGAUUUCUCAGUGUGUAUACUGGAAUAUGACAGAAGGUUUUCUGUAUAUGGAGAAGAAUUUGUCUUCUAUGAUUAUAACAAUCCUUUGAACUUGCCUGAAAAUCUCCUGCCACACAGUUUUGACAUUGUAAUAGCAGAUCCACCUUAUCUCUCUGAGGAGUGUCUUCAGAAAACUGCAGAGACCAUCAGAUACUUAACAAAAGGAAAGAUUCUGCUUUGCACAGGUGCAAUCAUGGAGCAACAAGCAGCAAAGCACCUUGGGGUGAAGAUAUGCAAGUUUAUUCCAAGACACUCUCGAAAUUUAGCCAAUGAAUUUCGAUGUUAUGUGAACUAUGCUUCUGGACUAGACAAACUUUCAUAAGAAGAUCUGUAACUUUUUCAAUCAAGUUCCUUUGUUUCUUUUUUCUGGGACAGAAUUCUGCGUUUUGCAAUGCUUAAACAUUCAGCUCUGAAAUGCAGAUUUCUCGCAUUCCGUGGAAUAAGCAAGUGAGCUUAAGCCUAAGCGAUACUGAAGAUGUGAUGUACAUACGCCUCUUUCAGUGCCUGGAGAAUUGUGCUUGCUGAGUUGAACACAACUUCAGUGCUUCAUAUUUACCUUUCUAAGCCGCUGUUGCUGUCUUCCCUGCUUUCCAAGAGAUCGUCUCAUUUCCUAAGACUUCUUCCUCCUCACAUUCUUUUUAUGUGCUUUUUUUUUUCUUUCCCUCUCUCCAUAUAGUGUUUCUGAGUUUCAUGAUGCUGGUUUUCCCUUUCCCUUUCAUUCAUGCUGUUUUCUACCGAGUGCCUGGUAAUAGGUACUGUUGAAAAGAGGAAAGUGCAGCAGGAGAAGAGCUCACACAUGGAGCAGUGAGAUGGAGCCAUUGCAAGAGUCACUGUAAGUCUGUGUUUGGUACCGUUUUGCCUUUCAAAGCAGAAACCAUCCUUGCCAAGGAACCCACUAAAGCCAGGAUCCCUCCUUGAAAUUACUGCCCACAAGUGACAUAGAGCUGAGUUUGGUUGUUUUCCAGAAGACUAAGCCUUUAUUUUUGUGUGACUGGAGUUCCAAAAUAAGAAAGCAAAAUAGAAUGUUAAAUCCAUAGGUGUUGGCACAAAUCUCUACUUCACAAUCGUAAACUACUUUUAGGUUUAUUAUCUUAAAUAUCUUGCCACCAAGCACAUGGAGGCAAUGCAGUAUCUAAUUAACUCGUGAAAUUUCAAAUUUUAUCUGCAGAAAGACUUCAAAUGGGACAGGUGUGAUUGCCAGAAAUGAUGACACGGGUGCUGCUAAGUGCCCCGUUCUUCCUCCCCAUGACCAGCUAAGUUAAAACACACUGUUCAGGUACAAGCUUUACCUGUGUUGUUGCUUCACUGCUGAGGUGUCCUUCAUUUUGUCUACUUGUUUAGCCAAAGAUGUGGUAUUGGGCUCUCCGCCUCAGGCUUGAAGAUAACUAACUUCAUCAGAGACCUGCUUCUUUUGUUAACAAAAUAAAACUCAGUUUGUCUGGUACAGCGACACUCAACAUGGGACAUUUAGUUCCAUCACCAAGAAUAUAAAUGCCACUUCUCACAUGUAGGCCAGACUGCCUUGAAAGGAGGCACUGUGAAGAUGUAUGAUUAUGAAAUGAGGGUACAUGUAAAUCUUCGUAGAUGCACUCAAUAGAGCAGCCUGUUUUUUGCUGGCUUCCCUCUUUUAAAAGCUUUGUGAGCUUGGGCAGCUGCACAAGCAGAGCUUGACUAGAAGCAUUCACAGCUUUCAUCAAUGAUAUGAUUUAAACUAUUUUUGUCAUGCUUUUUUUCUGAGGAAGUAGCUGUGCUUCUGGACAGGUUACAAGUCACAAAAAUUGAUAGUGAAUUUGUACUUUGUGCCAUUAUGGUAAUUUAAAAAAGGUUAUUAUGUGGUAACAAAAUAUCCUUUUUGUAAUAGGAUUGUCAAAAAAAUCAUCAGUGUCAAGUAGUGAUUGUGUUUCUUUUAUUGAGCAUCUCUCUUAGUUUGGCUUUGUAACCGAAUAAAUGUGGUCAAGUUUUA